CCUGUCCUCACAUUUUGAGACGAGACGUCUCCCUCCUCUGUCAGUCUGCGGGGACAACCUGGAGCUGAGGGACACUAAACCAAAGCAUGUCUGAGUCCAUAAAGAACGUUGCCAUCUUUGGAGCUACUGGGAUGACUGGGCUCGCGACGCUGCCGCAGGCGGCGGCUGCAGGAUAUAACGUGACGGUGCUGCUGCGCGAUCCUGCCAAGCUGCCGGCCGACCAUAAGGCGGCCCGAGUGGUGGUGGGAGACGUCCUGAAUAAAGACGACGUGAAGAAAACUCUGGAGGGACAAGACGCCGUCAUCAUCAUCCUGGGCACCAGAAAUGACCUCAGUCCAACCACCAUGAUGUCUGAAGGCACCAAGAACAUUGUGGAAGCCAUGAAGGCUCGAGGAGUCCGCAAAGUGAUCGGCUGCAUGUCAGCAUUCCUUCUGUGGGACCGCUCCAAAGUCCCGCCCCGUAUGCUUCCUGUGACCGAGGACCAUGACCGGAUGCACGAGGUGCUGAAAACCUCAGGGCUGGACUAUGUGGCCGUUAUGCCUCCUCACAUCGCUGGCGACCUUCCUCUGACGGAGCAGUACAUGGUCACAGAGAAUAUGCUACGAGGAAGAGCCAUCUCAAAACACGACCUGGGACAUUUCUUUGUCAAAUGUCUGUCCACCUCAGAGUGGGACGGCAAGACUGUUGGGGUUUGGGGGGAGUACAAAUAGUCCUCGAAACACUGCAGAAGCUCUGAUAAAUGCCUUUCUGAGAUUUAAGUCCCAUUUUUAAAUGUUCUCCAAUCCAUAGAAAAAGAGAAUUUUGCGGAAUGAAGAUUUUAUCUGUGUGUAAAUUCUAACUAUCAUUCUUUUCAUGGUUUUGGCUGAGCAGCUUGAGUUCAUCUUGUUUUUUUUAUUUGAUCUGCAUGUUGAAGACUUUUUAAAAUAAAAUUUCCAAUUGUUUGCAUUGCUGUUUAUGCUGCUUUACAUUGCGCAGUUUUUAUAUUGCAUCAGUCAUUCAUCAUAAGAGGCUUCUUACUGUUUCUCUGGAAAUAAAAGCAUUUAUUGUGAGUUGUA